AAAAACACCAUGUUAGCUGAUUUAGUGGAGGAGCUGAAGAAGACUGGACUCCAAGCUGCUCCUGCUGAUCACUGCUAUGCUGGACCUGAAGAUGUGGCCUGUGAUUUCUGCACUGGGAGAAAACUGAAAGCUCUCAAGUCCUGUUUGGUUUGUUUAGCCUCUUAUUGUGAAAAACACCUCCAGCCUCAUUUUCAGUCACCUCCAUUUAAGAAGCACAAGCUGGUGGAGCCCUCGGAGAAGCUCCAGGAGAACAUCUGCUCACGUCACGAUGAGGUGAUGAAGAUGUUCUGCCGCACUGAUCAGCAGUGUAUCUGUUAUCUCUGCUCUGUGGAUGAACAUAAAGACCACGACACAGUUACAGCUGCAGCAGAAAGGACUGAGAGACAGAGAGAGCUCGGGCUGAGGAGACAAACAAUCCAGCAGGGACUCCAGGACAGAGAGAAAGAUGUGAAGCUGCUUCAACAGGAGGAGGAGGCCAUCAAUGGCUCUGCUGAUAAAGCAGUGAAGGACAGUGAGAAGAUCUUCACUGAGCUGAUCCGUCUGCUGAAGAAAAGAAGCUCUGAUGUGAAGAAGCAGAUCAGAUCCCAGCAGCAAACUGAAGUGAGUCGAGUCAGAGAGCUUCAGGAGAGACUGGAGCAGGAGAUCACUGAGCUGAAGAGGAAAGACCAUGAACUGAAGCAGCUCUCAGACACAGCAGCUGUGUCACAUGUCAGAGGUCGACUACAGGACAUUCUGAGUGAGAAAAAGAUUUUACAGAUUAUGUCUCAAGUGGAUGUUUUACUGCUACAACCAGAGCUCAAGACCAGAGCUGACUUCUUAAAAUAUUCACAGGAAAUCAAACUGGAUCCAAACACAGUAAACAAACAUCUGUUAUUAUCUGAGGGAAACAGAAAAGUAACAGAUAUGAGUAGAGAACAGUUUUAUUCUCAUCACCCAGACAGAUUCACUGUUUGGCCUCAGGUCCUGAGUAGAGAGAGUCUGACUGGACGUUGUUACUGGGAGGUGGAGAUGGAGGUGAUAGGAGGAGUUAGUGUAGCAGUCACAUACAAGAAUAUCAGCAGAGCAGGAAACUCAGAUGAAUGUAGAUUUGGAGUCAAUGAUAAAUCUUGGUCUUUACAAUGUAAUGGAGACAGUUAUGACUUUUUUUACAACAGCAUCAACACUCCAGUGUCAGGUCCUCGGUCCUCCAGAGUAGGAGUGUACCUGGAUCACAGUGCAGGUGUUCUGUCCUUCUACAGCGUCUCUGACACCAUGACUCUCCUCCACAGAGUCCAGACCACAUUCACUCAGCCUCUCUAUGCUGGAGUUAUGGUUGGUUAUUCUGGAUCCACAGCUGAGUUCCGUAAACUGAAAUAGACUCGAGUCAUUAAAAGCAGUGAUUUAAACCUGGUGGAUCCUGUGUCUAGCUGGCUGAUCCUGAUAAUAAUGGCGGAUCCUGUAUCGUGUUGGCAUCUGAUAGUGGUGGUGGACCACGAUUGAGGUGGCAGCUGACCGUGGACUAUGAUUACAACAAGACUGCUUGAUAUAUAAUAUUUCUCCUCAGA